AUGACAAGCAACCUAAUUUUCUUGGGGUACGUUGUAAGCGCUGAACGGAUUAAAGUAGAUCAAGCCAAAGUGAAAGAAAUCCAAGAAUGGCCAACUCCUAAAACAAUCAAUGAGGUUCACAACUUCCAUGGACUUGCAACAUUCUACAGGCUUUUUGUGUGGAAUUUUAGCACUAUAGCCGCGCCCCUUACUAAUUGUCUGAAGCAAAAUAAACUUCUGUGGACUGAGAAGGCAAAUCGGAGUUUUGCAAUUCUUAAAGAACGACUGACCACUGCCUCAAUUUUGGCUAUUCCAGAUUUUGAGAAAUUAUUUGAAGUUGAAUGUGAUGCUUUAGGCAUGGGCAUGGGAGCUGUUUUAUCUCAAGAAGGGUCUCUACGAGAGCCCAUUAUUCUUGAGACACACUAUGGUGGAUUAGCAGGUCAUAUGAGAUGGGAUAAGAGUGCCGCACUGGUGGAAUCUCGUUAUUACUGGCCACAACUGAAGGGUGAAGUUGAGAAGUAUGUUUAA